CUUUUUAGGGUGUUUUGGCUACUGCUAUACAAUUCCACAUGAUGAUGAUGAUGGCUGAGCUAUCACGUAUGGCCCGGUCGCUUUUUAAAAAGAGCUACUACAUAGGUCAGUGGGCCUUAACUGGUAAAAUAAUUAUACUUUAGUAAUUAGUUUAUAGAUUGGUACCAGCGGUGUCAAUCUCUGCCUCUAUGGAGGAGGCUCGUGAAGGACGACACUGGGCAGUACCAGGCUAGGUGCACGUUGAGGACGCUGCUACUGGCCAGUUGGAGGUGGCCGUCCUCCAGCAACAACAACGAGGGGCAGAGGAGCGGCGCUCACAACAACGAGCGGCUAAAACGCAGCGAGUUGGCAGAGUACUCAAAUUGUGAAUGUUGUAGUGGAUUUACUCCCCAACACAGAGCCGCUGUGCUGUGCUAGUGACGAAUUGGCACGUUCAGUUUACGUGACAAACCCUCUAACUAAUUGGCCAUGUCGCGUGGUGGUGGGUUCAACACCACAUUUGUAUUUACACAAUCUAACCCAAUAAAAAAUAAACCUAUACUAUGGAUUACAUUGGUCGCGACAAAGCCUCCUGCUGAGGGUUAAACUGCCUGUUACAUUCAAGUUGAGUAACCUGCCUAUGGGGCAAAGGGCACCUCCCGUUCUGUAAUUUCCUCUGAUCAGCCGCUCCCACUGGCCAAAGGUCCUUACCCUCCCAGGGUUGGUCGUACCCGUGGGUGCCAGGAAACACACAAAAAUCAUUCUGACUCCACGCCACCCGACCCGACACACACACACAGACCCGGGAGCCGUGUCGUAUAAGUCACCUUACUGAACGGUUGCGGGGUUGUUUUGCGUGUUGAUGUAACAAAGGGGGAAAGGGAAAGUGGGGAGGGAGAGAGGGAAGGCAGCCCCGUGGAUUUAUCGAGUUUCUUGGAGAUCGUGAAGGCGUAGGAAUAUCCGUCGCGUUACUGCCACACGCGCACACCUCGCUCGUACCAGCCCAAGGGGUGCGUUGGGGUCGAUUCAAGGCAUGCUCAUCAGAAUGGGACUCCUUAAGGACGCGACAUCCCGACUGCUAAUAGUUCUGAUCGUAUCACGGAUGGCCGAUGUGAGCUGCGGUCAACCCUCGCCUUCAAAUCAGGAUGAGUGCCAAACUCAGGGCCGGUACAAGUCGGCGGCCGGCUUCUGCUGUGCGCUUUGUUCGCCAGACGAAGACGUCGUAAGCGAAUGCACGGCAGAGACCGCCACUGUGUGCCGGUGCAAGGAGGGAUACGGGCGCCUCGAACCCGACCGGCCCUGCAGCGAGCAAGGCACAGGAGUGAACGGUUGGAUUUUCUGGGCCGUCGGUGGCGGGACCGUAGUUGUCGUCCUUGCAUCGCUUGCCGCCUUCUGUUGCUAUCGCAAGCGGCGCAACCAGCAACGCAAACGACGGAGACCGAUGGAAACGGAAGUGCAAUGUGAAGAGAUUUUGCCAAAGGAUCCACCGCUGAAGAAGGAAUUUCUCUCUGGGAACGUUAAGGAAAUCAUAGAGGGCAAGAUCGACGCGAGCGAGGCGGCGGUGUGGAAAGCGAUGGGCGAAAACCUGCCGCAGCUCCGGGAAUGCAUCGACCUGGGUCCUCAGCUGUUCACGGAGAGGCUGUGCGGCCAGGGCAUCAUCACGGAAGAAGCGCGCGACGUGGCGGCCGCGCAGUCCAACGUGUGGCGGCGCACCGACUACAUCCUGCAGACCGUCGUGGAGAGAGGGGAGGCAAGUGCGCAGAAGCUCCUGGACAUGUUCUCCGGCAUCAUGAGGGAGCAGGCGUCGGCCAUGCAAGCGCUCGCCUCUCGAUAUGGCUGCUCAAUAACGUUCAACAAAAGCACCGCCCAUCCAAACCUCUUGAUCUCCGAAGACCUGAAGAUGGCGACGAAGACGGAAGAGGCUCAACCGUGCCGAGCGCACGAAGGCAGGUUCGACCACUGGCACCAGGCGCUGUGCUCCAACUAUUUCUCGACGGGUCAGCACUACUGGGAGGUGGACGUGAGCAAUUCGUGGGACUGCCGGGUGGGCGUGGCCUACGAGACGAUCUCGCGGAAGGGGGCGGAGCUCGGCUGCGCGCUGGGCUGCAACCGCGACUCCUGGGCGCUGCGCAAGGACGGCGCCAGGUGCAUCGCGAUGCACGGGAGGCUGGCGGUGUGCCACGUGGUGCACGAGGCUCCACAGAGGGUGGGCGUCUACGUGAACUGCGACGAGGGUGUAGUGGCAUUCUACAUCGCCGAGCCCAGGCGGCUGUUCCACUCAUUCCACGCCAAUUUCGCCAGGCCCCUGUGUUUCGCGGUCCACCUGCACGACGGAUCGGUGACGUGCAUCGACUUGCGUUAGACGUAGACAACCUUUCUCCUUCCCCCCCGCUCCAAGCCCCAUCAUCAUCAUCCUGUGCAUGCCCCUCGGGGCGUAGCAGUCCCCACGAGCCGCCACCACGCAAUCCUAUCCUGUGCCAGCCGCCACGCUGAACGCGAGCCAAAGCCGUGGUGUCGAAGAUCAGCCUCGAUUGUGCAUGUCCCCGUCAGCCGUGGUCUGCCCCGGGUGCGCCUCAAGUCCAGCAGUGGGCCAUCGAUGAUUGCGCGAAGGGCCCUGGCGUGAUACGCCCGAGCAGUGUGUCCACAGAGCCUGAAGUCUUCUGGCUCUGACCGUUUCAUGCACUGCUGGUCAUCCCGUGCGAAGGCGGACUCCAGCAUUGGCGAUGCAUUCACUGAAGUGGACACGGAGUGUCCAUCGCAGGCACCCACUGGUCGAAGGCAUCCAGCUUCCCUGCUCAGGGACGCCGUCAUUGACCACGUCUCUGAGCUGUACAGUUGUAAGGGAUGCAUUGUGUAAGUCGAAUAUGUGUUGCUGUCGUAAUACUGGAGCGCAAGAUGUGUCCGUCGAGCUGUUUCAUGCACUCGCGUGCAAUCGAGAUUCUCCUUUCAAGUUCCAUCUCGUUGAAUAGUGCAGCCGAGAUAGAUGAACGAUUUUACCAAUUUAACGUUGUUGCCCGCUAUUUGUAACCUCAGGCAAUCUGUGUGAAGGUUCAUCAGUGGUCUGUAUUCUUAGUUUUUUAGCUCCAGUUUAUUUCCAGGCCAAAUGGGAUGGUUUCACGAUGCAUGAUCUCCAGGGCUAGUGUAGCGCACUCGUCACAGCUGGCUGGUGAAAACCAGACUUUGCGCUCCUUGUUGACCCGCGCAACUGGCAAUGCGGCAUGAAGAUGUACUUGGUCGUGUCACUCGUGGGGGAAUUCUUGGCAGUUGUGUUCCCCCGGUCUCUUGCCGGGAGGCCAGGAUAGGUAGCUGGGAGACUUCGAUGUUGGGUUUCCUUGAGCCAGCUACCCGGCUGCUCCGUUAACCUCAGAGCAGAGGGAGCUGUUGCUGAGCAUCGGGACAUGUCCACACGCAGGUGGGCCCAGCACGCUGCAGCUAUAGGUCAAGCAACUGCUCACUGACCAGUUAUACCGCCGGAUGUUUGUUCGCAUGUACAGACUCAGCGAUCACUGCCAUACACUAACAAUACUCAUAUAGAUUCAACACCGCCCAUAGACUAACAAUACCCAUAUAGAUUCAACACAGCCCAUAGACUAACACUACCCAUAUAGAUUCAACACUGCCCAUAGACUAACACUACCCAUAUAGAUUCAACACUGCCAGUAGACUAACAUUGCCCAUAUAGAUUCAACACUGCCCAUAGACUAACACUACCCAUAUAGAUUCAACACUGCCAAUAGACUAACAUUGCCCAUAUAGAUUCAACACUGCCCAUAGACUAACACUGCCCAUAUAGAUGCAACACUGCCAAUAGACUAACACUGCCCAUAUAGAUUCAACACUGCCAAUAGACUAACACUGCCCAUAUAGAUUCAACACUGCCAAUAGACUAACACUACCCAUAUAGAUUCAACACUGCCCAUAGACUAACACUACCCAUAUAGAUUCAACACUGCCCAUAGACUAACACUACCCAUAUAGAUUCAACACUGCCAAUAGACUAACAUUGCCAUUAUAGAUUCAACACUGCCCAUAGACUAACACUACCCAUAUAGAUUCAACACUGCCAAUAGACUAACAUUGCCCUUAUAGAUUCAACACUGCCCAUAGACUAACACUACCCAUAUAGAUUCAACACUGCCUAUAGACUAACACUACCCAUAUAGAUUCAACACUGCCAAUAGACUAACACUACCCAUAUAGAUUCAACACUGCCCAUAGACUAACACUACCCAUAUAGAUUCAACACUGCCAAUAGACUAACACUGCCCAUAUAGAUUCAACACUGCCAAUAGACUAACACUACCCAUAUAGAUUCAACACUGCCAAUAGACUAACACUGCCCAUGUAGAUUCAACACUGCCCAUGGACUAACACUACCCAUAUAGAUUCAACACUGCCAAUAGACUAACACUGUCCAUGUAGAUUCAACACUGCCCAUGGACUAACACUACCCAGUUUCCAAAAAUCCCCAUCUUUUUUCGACUGCAGGAGGAAGGAGGGAGAGGAAGGGAGUAGGGAAGAGUAGGAGGGAGGAUGAAUCCUUUUACACCAUUGGAACCUCAUUUGCCAGUAAAAAAUAUGAUAAUUGUCUGUUUUGUUGCCAGAUAGAAGGGUAAAAAACAAUUAUCAUAUUUUUUACUGGCAAAUGAGGUUCCAAUGGUGUAAAUGCUUACCCAGAUACUCUGAUGGUGCAUUGUCUUUGAGUUGUGCACCUUUUGGCGUCAUCUGGUCAAACCCAUGUGAUACUAGGCUCUAAGGAAAGCUGUCUCGGGUAUGGACCAAUCAACUUCAAGGACAUUUCAUAUAUUAUCAGUUAUAUUUUUGUAUGCAUUAUGGCUGCAGGUAUUGUGGUCUAUGCAAACUUGACUCCUUGUAAAAAGGUGUCAGUUAAGUUGCCAGAUAGAAGGGUAAAAAAACAAUUAUCAGGAUGAAUCCUGUGAGCUAUGAAGCUCUUGUUCGCAGAUGUCUAUGUCAGCAAGAAAACCCAGGCACACCACGAGAGACAACCACAUAUUGUAGAAGCUUCUCUAAAUGUAAAAAAUAAGUCCAAUUCGCCUUCUAUGAUUAGCUAUUUUCCAAUUUACAUUGAAUAAUUGUUAAAUUUAGUCUAUAGCUUUGUUGGAUGGAGCAUUUUGUCGCGUAUUUUUUUCCCGAAGUAAUGUUCUUAUCCACGCUACACAGCGUUGGCCUUUUGCGCAAAAGGAGCCAAAGCGCUUAUCGCGUGUUUUAAAUAUCGCGUGUUUUAAAUAUGCCUGCGGCUUUUUAAAAUUAAAUAAAAAUAUUCGCUUUAAUGCA